GCAGACUCUAAAAUGUAUCGCACAGUUAUAAUUUUGGUAGUAAUAUCUGCAGUUUACGGAGGACCACUGGAACCCACAACCCAGCAACCGCAGUUUGCAGAAGGAACAAAAAUUCAACAAACACCAUCUCUAGUAACUUACGAGCCUUUGCCAUUAAACAACUACUACCCAGCUUACCCAGAGUACAAGCCUGUUCAAUCAGAUAAUACACAAUUGGUUCCAUCAACACCGUCAUCAUCUUCAUACAAUUGGUUAUCAACAAUCAUUACCAGCUUGGUGCCCAUCAGAAGCUUCGCUCUUUUUUAUGGAGCUCGCGCAUUUGGAUAUUUUUUCCAAUUCACCGCUCUUUUCGUCGCGGGAUUGGCUAUAACGACAUCCCUCUGUAUUUUCACUCCUGUUUGUAGCAUAACGUUUUCUGGACUAAAUCUUGAUAAAAAAGAGGUUAAACAACAGGUGUCCGAAUUAGCGAGAGCAUUUAUGACUCAAGAUAAUCUUGAUGCAGCAACAAUUUUCGUCCACCGUGCUAUCCAAAAAUAUUAUCAACUUCAGAAUGCUGGUGCUAAAUAAAAAUAA